CCGCUCUUGGUGCCGGCUUGGCCUUGGGUCCGAGGUAAUGCAGUUGUUGCUUUGAGUACCGCUUGCAGUGCCGUGCAUGUUGGCUGUCAGAUUUUUUUUUACUCCUAACCGUUAACGUUAACUAGAAAAUGCCUAAUAUAUCUCAUAUUAACAGUUGAUUUUCAGAUUUGCUUUGAAAAAGGGCAGUGCCUUGUUCAUAAAUACAGUAGAGGGAACUUAGAUCCUCUAAGUAAGUGUUAGCGUUGCUAAUAUUUAUAAUCUCUCCAGAACAAAAAGUUAUCUGCUAACCCUUACUCGUGCAGGCUGCAAUAACUAAAUUACCUUGAAGGAAAUAAUUGCAGGUACCGUGGGUCAGGUGGUAGUUUUGCAUAUAUUCCCAUAUGUUAAGACACUAGAAAUGGUUGCAAGGGGAAGGAUUUCCUUCUGUUUUAAAGAUUCAUGCACAAGCAGUAAUCAAGUUACUGUCAUGAUUAGGUGUGUGCAAUUUAACUGUUUUUAGUGACAAAAUAUUAAAAAGUGUGUGUGAUGGCAGAUAACAAAAUUUUGAGAUGAUAAAUCAGCAGCGAUGUGCGUCAUUCAGGCUUCUAUUUUUUCUGCAACAGGAAGCAAUUCAGAAGACAAUCUGAUUAAAGAUGCAUUUCGGUUUGAAGUAUUACAAACACAGCAUGAAGAAAUUAAACAAAAGCUGAAAGAAAUGCAAGAUGAAAUUCGUACUAAAAAUGGAGAAAUUAAAAUUUUGCGAGACUCAAUGCUGCAGAUGGAGUGUGCUAUGGAGGAACAGAAAAAAUCAUAUAUGCUAUUAGAACAGGAAAAAUCUCAGACCCUAAGUGAAAAAGAAAAAGAGUUCUCCAGAAAGUUAAUGUCAUUACAAUCAGAGCUGCAGUUCAAAGACGCAGAAAUGAAUGAAUUAAGAACACGACUUCAGAACUGUGAAAGAAAUAGGCUUGUUACUGAAACAGUUUUAAUGCCAAGUCCUAUAAAAAAUCUUGCAAUCCCAGUGAAAUCAGAAGGAUGUUCUCCACACCCUGGAAAAAGAUCUUUUCCUACAAAAGAAUCUUUCAAUGCUGAAAUGUCCACUAGACCAUCCUGUUCUUCAGGAAAUCUGUUUGUCCAGAGUUCUUUGAUCAAGGAAGAGAGCAAGUUACCUCAUCCUGAAGGUUUAUCUGUGAAGCAAGAAGCAAUGGGAAAAAACAGUUCCUACAACUCUGUACAUAAACAAAACAGUCAAGGUUCUAUCUUACUAAAUGCACUGAUGAAGCAGCCUAUUGUCCCUGGAUCUUUACUAGGGCUCUGUCAUCUUCUUAGCAGUAACUGUGAGGUUACUCUACCAGGAGCUGUCUUGCAGCCUAACUUUUUGGAAUCGAAGUCUACGGGGAUACCCAGCAUUAGGACAACUCGAGAAGAAAUUGCUUCCCUUGUAUCCCUGAGAGAAGCUCAGAAACUUGCAAUAACAGGAUUGAACUUGAUUGCUAUGGAUGAAGGGUCGUCUGAAGGAAAUCUAGCAGAAAGCAGGGGAGAGUUUUUGGACCUCAAACGUUGCAAGGUCCAAGGCGCUGUGCAUCUCUUGCCCUUGGUAGAACAUUACAUUGGUGCAUACUGUCAAGCAGUGCAAUUGGUUGACAAGUCAGUAAAUGGUUCUUGUGGAAACCAUUCAGUUGUUUCUUCCAGAACUAAUGCAAAUGUAGUAUCAAGUAAGGAGGACUUCAGAUCAUCUCUUGAAGAAACUACAGUUAUAUCACUGGGCAUUCUUUAUUAUUUGUCAUUUUAUAGCUGGGAUGUUGUUCACACAUUGCUCUCUUCAGAAGUGGAAAGAGACUCUGCUGUUGGAGAUGAACAGGUUUCCAAGAUGGACAAAAAUAUGUUAUGUGAUAAUGAGUGUGAUAAUAAAGAAGAUACCAGGAUGCAAGGAGGGCUGCAUGUAGCUCCACAGGAUGCACCUAAUAAUGGUCGAGCUCAACAUUCUUUGUUCAAAAAGCUGCUUCAGGUUUUAGCUUUUUCUGCUACGACAGGCUCCCAGAUUGACAGUAUACUGAACCAAAGCCUAAAAGUUUUGGUGAAAUUAGCUGAAAAUUCAACAAUGGACUUGCUAAUAAAUUUUCAGGACUUAUUAAAUAGCCAGAUACUGUUCCGUUGUCUGUGUCCAGAGACCCCUUUGCGUACUGUCCUUUUGACCGUGAGACUGUUGUCUAUAUUUGCUCAACACCACAUGUUGGUUGCUCAACUUUGUUCUCAUUCAGACACCUGCCUUCUUCUUGCACUGUACAUGUAUAUUACAUCAAGACCAGAUAAAUCUGCAUCUGAAGUGCUUUGGCUUCAGUUAGAACAAGAGACACUUAGACUCCUGACAAGGUGUAUGCGGUGUUCCAGUCCAGCAGUUUUACUACUUGGUACUGAUUGCCAAUGUAAUCUUGAGGUGGUUAAAGCACUAAUUAUAAUGUUACAUAGACAGUGGAUGAAGAUUAGAAGGUCUGAGAGCACUUUCUGUACAUAUAAGGAACACAUUGUUCAAUUUUUACGGGAUGCUGUUUUACUCUUACACAGCCUAUCUCAGAAAGAUAAACUGUUUCAUGAACACUGUUUGGAAGUUCUCCAUCAAUAUGACCAAGCCAUGCCUGGUGUAAGAGCCAUUCUCAAAAAAACUCAAAAACUGAGUGCCUGUGAAGAAUUGAUUUUGGAUGAAUUGUAUCCUCCUGAGCCAGAAGCAGAUGAUCAAGGAAUGGACUCCAGCUAGCUAACAUCUAGGAGAGAUCUCUGUCCUUCCUUAUCUAAAUCUUAUUAAUCAUUGUCACUGUAAAGCUGAAAUUUAAAUCAGUUAUCUUAUUUUUUAAGUGAUAAAUAGAAAUGUGUUAUGAUCAUUUUAUUCAAGAGUCAUCUAAAUGUAGCUGAUAUCAAAGAAAAAAUUUUGAUGUAAGGAACAAUUAUACUGAAAUGUACUGUUUUGCUGUGCAAAACCACUCAAUGGCUUAUGAAUCAUUUUCCUUAUGAAUUUCAUCUUUUAUGAAAUUGCUGUGAACAAACUGAAACUUCACUAUUGUGUUCUCCAUUUUACUGUAUUUACAGCCUAAUAAUACUGAAUGUAAUAAGAUGAUUGAGAUCACUAAGUUGAUACGAAGUCUUUUGAAAAUAUUUUUCUCUGUUCUAUUUCUUUUGCAGCUGUAACUUUCUUGCUUGAUUUCAAGAAUUCUCAUGCUGGCAUUAGUAAAUAGUUUACUGUGAUUUUAAAUUUUUUUGUAGAAAUAACUUACAGUUCGCAUUUCAGUUCUUUGCAAGAAAUUCAUCAAAACCUUCUAGUGAUGACCUUCUAGUGAUGACCUCAUUUCACUCAUUUUUCUCAAUUUUGUAUUUCUGCUGAAAGUACUAUUGAGGUACCAAAUUUUUUUUUAAGUUACUUUAGAAGAAUGAGAUGGUAAAUGUUGAAGAGGAAUAUUCUCCCCUAUUGUGCAAGAGGGAGAAUGUUUAAAUCUGUGCAGAAUAACCAUUUUUUUGGUUGUAAUAUCAGAAUAUGCAUUGCAGUGAAGAUGAGUUCAUUCGGCUAAUGAUUGAAGAAAGAAUUGUUGCUUUAUCCUUUCAGAUCUGUGUGUUUAUCAACUCUUACUCAGUUGCAGGUACCAGCUGAACCUUAGACCUUAAAAAGGGAAGUGUAAAUGCUACUUAAAUAGGCCCACAGGCUUGUCUUUGAGCUAGUUUGGAAAGUUGUGGGUGGGUGUUUUUGCAAGGACAAGGACAGAUAUUUGAUUCUAAUUGCAAGUAAAUACAGGUUUACAACUCCUUGAAACAAGCGUCAGUUUUCUCCAAGUGCUUUAAGUGAAAGAUGUAGUUAGGCUGCACCUCAGAAAGAGGAACAAACCUUUAUUUAGGCCAAAGUUGCUUUUAUGUAGUGUCUAUAAUAAGAAGAGGGGAGAAAUGAGACUAUGCAGACGGUAAACUAAGUUAAAAACUGAAGUGCUUAACUGCAGUGAGGGAGAUGUGUAAGUAGUGCUUUUUAAAUGUUCAUCAGGACGCUGUAGCAGUGUUACUUUAGCUGCAAAACCUAAUUUAACAUUAUGCCUCUUUUUACAGCUGAGGGAAUUGUGAAGGUACAAAAACCUGCACUAAAUACAUGCUCCAAGCGGCAUGGAAUCCUACCAAGACAGGACUAUGGAAGGGCAAAGAGCACUGUUUGAAGUGCCCCCAAUUUAAAGCACAUUAUUAAUGGGCCUCUCACUAUUGUUUUAUCAUCUGAGGUUGUUCUUAAUUUUUAUUUGUGGUAUUACUAUGCAGUAUAUCCUCCUCUUCAGUGUGUGUGAGGUGCAUUAAAGACUACCUGCAGCCAGAGCAGGCCGUGGAGCAAAUGCCCUCCCUUUUCAGUGCAUAGAAUGGUUUUGAAUAGGUGGUGUGUUUUCCCAGGGUCAAGGUGAGCAGUUUGGAAACUGUUGCGCCAUGCAGAAUUGGAGGUGCAGCUUGCAUGGCUCUCUGGCUGCUCUCCUUCCCCUUCAUCUCCCUCAAGGGCAUUUCUUUCUCUGAGCAGGGCUGGACUUGAGGAAAAACAUGUCCCAGAAUUUCAGCUGCACCAAGGAAGUAAAACCUGCUCAAUGUUCUUCAUGAGAUCUGGAGCAGAGACUGAGCUGUAGAAAGGACCCUUCCAGGAGGCACUGGCUUACUUUCAUGACCUAAUACCAUAGUCCUCGUGACUGCGCUCACUAGAGACUUCCUGAAGAAUUCACAGCAUAGCAACUUUUUCAAGGUCAGUUCCUAUUUUCCCUCAUGUUAUAGAUAAACUCUGCCUCUGUAUUAACCCUGGAAAGGAAUUUACUCCAGCAACAAGUACUGUUGCUGGAGUAAACAGGCGCAACAGGACUGAAUAGCAUUAUUGAGCAACAGCAGAAACCAAGCCCUGCACGGCGAUGUUCUGUACGCGAUUACUGCGCGUCUCAGCUGGCAGCUGCCGCCCCUCUCUAGUUGCCUUUGAUAACGUUCUCCCUUUGGUGAGCGCUCAGCUAAGCGCAAGUGGUUUCUCCCUCCUCAGUGAAGCGUUUUGUGCAGACAACACUAAAACUACAGAAGAGCUGGCUAAAGAAAGCAAUCACUGCUAUCAGUUUACCCCUUAUUAAGGCCCGCUAGGCAAAAAGGAGAAGGGCAGCCUUGCUGGCUUGUACUUUAAGCUCUACCACCACUACACCCUUUGAACGGCUGCAGUGCAGGAGGAGGUAUCAUUGCCUUGAUAAGCAGCUUCCUGUGGUGAUGAGCCUGAUGCGCUGGGUGGGUUCAGGCACAGAACAGUUUAAUGCUACUAAGGCUAUGUACAGAGCUGAAGUGAAUGGUGCUGCUUUGCCUAAAGCACUUAGGGAAGUUGCACAGGUACCACCUUAUUUUCUACACCUCACAAAAACAGAAUAGUUGAGGUCAGAAGGGGCCUCUCUCAGUCCUGUAGUCCAGUCUCCCUGCUCAAAGCGAAUUUCCACAGGCUAAACAAACAGCAGCCUAUUUUGCAUAAUGUAAGCCCCAAAACACAUCUUUAAAAUCCCAGCUACAACAGGUGAGGAAGGCAAAUAAAUACAAAAUACCUCAUCGCGCAGCACAUUUCAACAGCCUCAUUUGUGCCAUUUGACCUGAGCUGUGGACCAUGCUGCUGUUUUGACAUUAAUCCCACUAGUGUGGCUUGCUGCUCGAGAAGAAUUUACCCUGUGCUAGACUAUGGGGACAGUAAAUUAUCUUACCUGGAGAAUGGUAAGUUGUGAUGUUAGUUAUGGUUACAUUAAUUAAGGUCAAGUGCAGCACUUCUGAUUUGCCUAUAUAAAGAUUGUAUUAUUUGCUGUGAUGUAAUAACAAAGAUCAACUUAUGUUUACAGUGUAAAUUAACUUGUUAAAAAGUAUAUAUCACAGAUGAUAAUUUAGCAGACUGAUAUGAAAAGGUGGGCUGUGACCUUUUCAAAGACCUACAAACACACUGAGGCUGAAGUUUACCAAAAUGCCAACACUUUCCGUGCGAGUUAAAUGGCCAGCAGUGUGCUUAACAUCUUUAUCCCUGCUGCAGGUAAAUAUGGUUCAACCAGGACUAAUCUUAAAAGUUUUAGUACUAAAGCUUGCAAGUGAAAUAGUGCUCUGAACAGCUGCUCGAGUGGUAACCUGCUUUUGAAAAUAUUUAGAAGAAGCAACUAAUAUAUUCCAGCCAGAUAACUGCAGAGUUUCUUAACAUAGAUAUCACAGAUUUUUUUUUUUUUGGUCUAUACAUUUGCCAUAUUGUAGGUUGGUAUUUCUGGAGGCGUAGUUGCCCAGCCGCUUGUGUUAACCUCCUUUAUGCCACAGCCGCUCUGUGACACCUGUCCAGCAAAGUCUGCAAAACAGAUCCUACCGGAUUCUAGGGACAAAGCGACAUCGGAGCGCGAGCCAUGGAAACCACCUGUCCCUGCAUUCGGGGGGAAGAAGGGGGUAGAAGGAAAAAUCUCAAGUAACUGAUUCAAAAGUUAUUGUAACUGCAGUAAGGGAAAUGGGGUAUCAGAGGUUAAUCUAUACAUAUCUUGAACUAUUCUCCACUCUUGUGAAAUAUUUAAAAUGAAAUAACAGCAAACUCCCAGUAACUGGAUGCCAGACAAAAAUCACAAUUCUUUGCGAUUGUGAUGUGGCAUCACCUAAAAAGCCUAUCAGCUGACAGCCUCAGGUCAGGUGUUUAACAUAGCCUGCAAAUAGUGGGUGAAGCUAUCGUUCUUCAAAAAAAUGAGACCCAUCACAGGACUAUUCUCCCGCCACCCCCCUCUUCCUUCCACCCCACACAACAGAAGUUAGAAGAAAGCCAGAGGCUCCUUAUUUGCAUGCUGUAUUUCUGGAACAAAAAUUAAGGUCUGUGGAGAGGCAGCCUCAUUUAUUUGCCUCGCAGAAGCCUUCUCAAGUAUUUUGACUCAGAUUCCUCAUGUAACCCUCAGUCAGUCAUAGCUUUCAUGACUGCUGGGAAAUGAGAACGAAGGUUCAAGAAAGCUUAGUAUGACCUUUCGGACUUCUGGUUCAGCAUUGCAAACUACUGCCAUUUCACAACCAGGGGGAUGGUUCUGUUUUCUCAAAGUCAGAAUCUGAAUCAGUUACCUAAACAACAAUUUGAAGGGUAAUUUUUCGCUUCAAAAUUCUCCAUGAAGACCUUAAACGCCGCCCCAACCUCCUCAGGAACUGUCUGUGAACACUGUGAAAGGAGGAGCAAGAGCUAUGUCCAUGCUGUCGCAAUGGAAGAGGACUUGGGCAGAGACAAUGAGGAGCGUGCUUUGCCCAGAAAGCAUCAGAGUCAUACUCGAGAGAUUUACUUUGCCCUCAGACAGGGCAACAGUUCUUGGUAAAUCAGGACAAAAAUGGAGGGAAGACAAGGGAAGUCUGUGCAGAGAGGGGGAAGGCACAGAUGAACAGUAUUUACUGACAAUAAAACCAAGUGUCGUUAUUGGAUUAAAAGAAUCUCCAAGACACUCGACUUCCCUGUUUGCAGCGACGGCACUAACUCUGGCAGUCCCCAACUGCCUACCCGCUGCAGCCCCAUGGGCAGCCGGGACGGCCAGCGGCUCACUGGGCCACCCACCACGGACAAAAGUAGGCAGUUGCGUCUCGGACCUAAAAGCCACGUUACAACAGAAAGACAUCAUCUGUAACACGGCUAACUCGCCCUUAGUGGAGACUGCCGUGAAGCGGUGAGGCAGAGCCACCUACUCCAUCACAGAGGUGCCUGAGCUCUCCAAAGGGUGAAAUACCCAAUUUUCUUCUGUUUUAUCUUAUCACCAAUAGGUUUAACUCAAGUACCUUUUCCCCCCAUAAGGCUUGCUUACAAGCAGUAAAUCUUACAGUGUCCCUGUGAUGCAGGCAAUACUAAAUUUCAAGUAGAUUAGAUCAAAUAGAAACCCGAGGAAAAAAAGUAGGGCUGGAACCACUGACUAAAGCAAACCUGACAAGUUAUCACACAUGCCCAGAUUUGAUACUAAGUUUCCACACGUGCAAAAACAGUAGAGAAUUAGUUGUUUGGCAAUAAUUGCUCCAGUUUUUCCCCUGGUCUUGAACUCUUCCAUUCGACCCUGCCCAUGGAUUUUUAAGAUGGAUGCCAAGUCCUGUCCUGGAAAAAUUCACAUGGUAACACAAGCAAUUGCAGCUCAAACGUUAUGAAAACGCAAACAGCAGUACUGCUCACCCAGCUGUGGGUUCUCAGCUUUUCAGCUGUGUUUUGCUCUCCUGGACAACCUGCUGCUUCUGUUUUAGAAGGUGAAGGCACCUGAGAACACUCAGUGGUCGUUAGAGGAAAUCUGAGGGUUUUAAAUAAAAGACUAGUUCCUGUUUUUCAGAUCCAUGCACAGACAAAACUGAAGACACUCAGGGUUUUUUUUGUGAACAAAGGAGGCCCGUCUGCAUGUCACUUUUCAAAUGUAGCCAUACUGCAAAGAUACAGCUACUAAAAAGUCAUGGGACUAAACUAGACCAAAACACAGGUGAACUAAAAAAGACAGCGGCAACAGAAACUUCAGGCAUAACUCUGCAAUUUCCUGGUCUAAUUUCUAGCAUAAGCAUUAAUUCUAUUUCAUUUUUUAUAUUUAGAUUUUUAGAACUGGAACAUACAUUUUUUGUCUGCUGUCACCAGUUAACUAAUAGAAAUUUGGUUGAGAAAAUGUGACAUAAAAUUGGGAAAUAAAGUGAUCUGCAUUUCCGCUAUAACUGAUUACGAUCUACAGCUGAAACUGAUACAUUCAAGUAGUAAUGUAACCAAAUACCUGAUUAUUCCAAGACAAAAUACUCUCUCAGAGCAAAUGGGAAUCUUGACUACAAUUAAAGGUUAAAAAAAAAAAAAAAGAGUAUAUACAGAAUAGCCUCAACCAGUUUAGCACUACUUGAUGAUUUAUCUAAAAUGCAACCAUAAAGUACUAGCCUUGAACCUGCCCAACAACAAAUAUUCUCAGGUGAAGGACCAAUGAGUCAGGGACAUGAGACAACAUUUCAAAGGCGUUUUCUUUAACUAUUAAAAGUAUGUGAAAACAUCAGCUAACAUGUUUUCACACAGAGUAGAAAGCACCACUUUUAUCAUACAUGGAAUUAGUCAAGUUGAAAAAUGAGGCAUGGUAUUCUUCAACACACGAGUCAAAGAAUGUGUUGGGAGGAGGAUCCUGGACAUUAAUCGCAGUUUAGCAUUCUUUGUAAUCUACUGUUUUGUCUACACGAGACUUCAAGUGUUUUGAAAUUUGUUAGUUAAUGCAUUCAAACUUCAUAGAUUUAAUUCACUCCUUAGUCUAGACAAGGCCUUAGAAGCAAUCAUUUUAGAUUGGCUUUAAGGCGUACUGUCAGAAUAUCCAUUCAGGAGCUUGUGUUGUCCUUGUGUUUUGUUGUGUCGUCUUGUGAUUUUGAUUAGACUUCAGUCUCCACUCUCGGAAGUGGCAUUCAACACGCAAGGUGACUUAAAAUACACUUGGUAACGCUAGCUGUCAAACACAAUGGAGUCAAUGUAGCUUUGCAGACAUGCUCUUAAAUAAUAUUCAGAUUCAGGUUAAGAAAGCAAAAUUGAUAGAAUAUACUUCAAACACAGCAUUUAUUACAAAGGUGCAUAGAGUCUAUGCCAUUUCUUUUGAAUACUUACGUUUUAAACUACAAACAACAUACAAAGCUAGGUUACAGUAUGUAAUAAAGUCAACAGUGAUUAUCUAGUAAAUUCAGUACAACAGACUAUUCUAUAGUAUUUAAUUUCACAAGACAUUUCUGAAACAAAGGCACUUACAGAAUUAAAAAAAAAAAGAAAGAAUAUAUACUCUUUCAACAUUAAAAUCUGAAUUCCAUUCCCCCUCCCCUACGGUACUGUGGGUAACUGGUUUGAGAUGAAGGAAUUAGCUACUUGGACUGACACAUCAGUAAUGAUUAAACUAAAACUUUAUGGACCAACUUCUUUUCUACAGCCAUCCCAGCCACUUAACUAUAUGAAAACAGGUUUCAAUGGGUUUGCAUGGGAAUAACUGAACAAAAUUUGGUGCCGUGUCUUAUCGUUGAUGAUGGUUAAUACACUAACAGUAAGAAAAGAUCUGGCUAAGUGCUCCAGUUAAGAAGUAAGCAAAGUCGACUGUUUUCUUUCAACCAGUUUUGUAACUGAAGUAGUUAAUACAGGCUCCUUAACCCUACCCUUCUUUUAGGAUACCACAUCUCCUCCCACCUCUCCAAAAUCACCCUGAACAUCUCUGUGUCCUGUCUGAUCUCUACUCUAUUUACCCAUAAACUUCAGAUUUAGGGCUUCUGUUGUUAUUGCCACCGCUUUACCUUCAUACUACCUGCUGUAUGUGGGCUUUUUUCUUAGGGAUAACAGGUGGCAGAUGAUAGAACCAACUUCUCCUCGUGAAAUUGCAGACUUUCCUUUUAAAUCCAAAAUACAACCCUACUGACACCACCAUGAACUGUACAUUUUGUCACCUCAGCUAUAAGAAAGAAAUGGAGACGCAGAGUAACAACCUCAUAAACACAAACACUAGAAAACUGUGCCUGUGCCCCGAGAACUGCCCGGUACCUGCGCUUGCUGGCUGUGCCUCACUGGCCAGACUCCCUCUGGGCACUGGCGAACAAAAUUGCUGCAAUAGUCUUGGCCCUCCUUCUAUGUGUACAACACACACAGGUAGGAUCUACACAACAAAGAUUACUUCUGCACUACUUUAGUGACCUCCAACACAAAUAUUCAGGAUUUCUAGGGAAAUACUUCAGCAGACACUGUCCGUUUAUGGUUGUUCCCACACAACUCCUAACAGUGUAAUGAAGCAUUGCCCAAUUUCCUGGCCUGCAAGACAGGGAAGAGGAGGAUCACAAAGAUACAGCACAUUCCUGGUUUGUGAGUGUCUCCUGGCACCGUUUCAUGCUGUUAACUUGAACACUGCUUAGAGAGGCAUACCACGGGGGCCUAGGUUGUCAUGAAUCACAAUGCGAAAGAAAUUCUACAAGUUUCUUCUGAAAUGCCCUGAAGAUUUUCUUAAACAAGAACUGGAAUAACCUAGAAAUGGCCUCAAAAACUGGGAAGAGAAAUAAAUAAGGCUGCCUUGGACAGUAGCAGUUUCCAUCCCUCAUUCUGCAUAGGUAGACAAGGUAAAACAAUACCAUCAGUUACAAGAGCAAUGUUUUUCAAGCAAUAACAUACCCUAAACGUGGCAUCCCAGGAAAAGUGGCUUAGCAGCCUCUCGGCACGUAAUAUCAGUAUAUGAGAUGUGUCAAAACUACUCAAUGAAUUAUGUCACAGUGAUUGAUACAAUAGUCAACUGAUAACUCUUCUAAGGAAUAACAAAUUGUAUUUCAAUGUUAGAAAAGACAAAAUUACAGAGUACACAAAAAAAGUCAUGAGUCAUUUGAUAAAUAGAAGUUGUACAGAGCCAAAAGCCUUACAAACAUUGGUAAUAGUCAUGAAGGUGUCUUAAGAUGUUUUCAUGGCUCCCAGCAUGAUAUUGGAAAUACAUUAUCUCUCUGUGACCAAAUCCUUCCACCCUUCCUUAUCCUGACUUCUUAAUGGGAAUGUUGAAGACAGAAGGGAGAUUUAACCUCUACUGCAUGUCAGGUUGCUAUUUCUUAUUCCCCUCCAAUAUUAUUUCUCAAAUACAGGCUUAGUUUACAAAUAUACAACAUCCCUCCAAGCUUCCUGCUACAGACAGUUACAAACCCUACAAGUUUAAAAAACGCAAUCUAUUUCUGACAUUGCAUAUCUCCUAUAAAGUCAAUUACUUCCCCUAUGAUGAGGCAGGACUGAGCACCAGCGGUCACUUCCACUUAACAUACGAUUAAGGUGAUAAUUUGUUUUUUUCAAACUAGACAGUAGCAUACCGCUAUUACACAAACCAAGUACUCAUCCAAUAACGUUUAUGCAGAAUUCUCAGGUUUUCAGCUUUUGAUCUAUUUGUUGUAGUGGGUGGCAGAGGGUUUGUUUUUGUUACCGAUUUCUAGCUAUGAAUUAAAAUAGCCUGAG